AAUCGCCGGAAUUGUCUGUUUUUGGCGGGCCGGUGGAAACACCGAGAAUCGACAAGAAAGAAAGCUUCUUGUAGUCUUUUCACGAUGCUGAUUUUUUCCUUUAAGAAAAGACUUUAAGAAGCUUUCUUUUAGUUGAUGGCCCUGAUUUAUCUGACGAAUUCCGUGUGAAUAAUCACGAAAUGACCAAGGCAACCGACGGUCGUGCUGUUCCUCAUUCGCUGAUUGCAUCAUCCUCAGUGCCCACGAGUGCAGGUCAUCUCUCGAUAUAUAAACAGGAUCAUGAUUCAUCUUGUUUAGAUUCAGUUAACGUACAACGGAAGAACAUAGAGACAAAGCAUGGACGCCUUUGAGCAACAGAAUUGUACCGAGAAGAGUUGUUUUAUUUAUACAAGAGUACGUGAACCUUCGCCCCUCGGCUUCAAAGUUUUGUGUCCUGAAGUUUGGACCAGCAGUGAAGAAACAAUUUGUUAUUCCUUAUAUAAAACUGAUAUUGCUCUAGUUUGGAAAGACUUUUUAACAGAUAUACGAAAUCAAGAGGAAAUUAGAGACACUUUCAACGAAGCAUUUGUAGAACUAUGCUGGAACAAAUGUUUAUGACGUUCAUGGAAGGCGCGGUCUGCGUCGGAGCUCCAUACAUUCUUCAUUUGUGCACGAACAUGUUCAGUUCCUGGGUUAUAGAGUUAGACUUGUCUUUUUGGAGAUCUGCCAUUGUUACCAAGCUUUCUCAAGAGGACCCAGCUACAGGCAUGAUUAAAACUGAUCGAGAAUUCAGAACUAACCUAUUCAGCUGUUUAGAGUUACAACGAAGAAACUCUUUGUCAGCGAUACAUUUUCAGAGGUAUUGUCAUUUAUUGUCAACCCACCCUAGCAGUAUUACUGAACAAAUGUGGUGUGAUCAAAGCUAUUUAAGUGUAGCGAAGCUAGAAUACUCCACACAAAUCUCACUGGAAAGUGCAAGGAACAGUCAACCAGUGAACAUGUGUACUUCACCAUACAGUGAGCUGAAAGACAUUUAUCUUCACUCCAAAAUGGCCUCUAGUGUUUCAGGUGUUACAGAAGAGACCCUUCAGUGUGACCUUACAAAUGUUUCUCAUAAUCUACCAAAGGAUACAUCUGGAUAUUUAACCAGCUGUGAUACUGGGCCAGAGGGUGAUUCUAAAGUGCCAUCGCUUGUGAAGUUUUCUGAUGAAUCCCAGUGUGAUAUAAAUGAACUCAAGAUCUCCAUAAGUGACUGUGUGUACAACCAAGAUGGUCAACUUGUGCAAAUGUUUAUUUGUUUUGAUAUUGAUCACUCUGAUACCUCAAGUGCUGUUUCCUCAAGUGAUUCUGGAUGCAAAAACUGGGACUCUGAUUGUGAUGAUUUUAUUGUAUUUGAAAAUUCACCUACAGAUGAAGACCACUGUUGUGCAAGAUUUGAUUUUGUAUGCAGCAAGACAAGACCACGCAAAGAAACAUUUAUGAAGUCUGUUGUUUUGUCCUCCAAUUUGUACUGCAAAGUUUCAGUAAUGGAGUCAUUUGAUGAUGAGCUGGAUUUGUUUGUCCAGGAAAUGUUGCAGCCUAACUUGCAUUACAGUUGUGAGGAGUUAAUCCUAAACAAGAAAUGUACUAAAGAAGUGGAGACAAAAAAGACUGGGGACUUCUUUUCCAGAAGCUCAACUGUAAAAACUGCUUCUAAAGAUAAAAGAAAAAAGAGAGUAUGCUUUAAGCCAGAUCAUGAGCUUGUUGUAGUUCAUCCAAUGAUUGUUUGGAGCUUUGCGUACAGACAAGCUCGUAAAGGAACAUGGGAGGUGGAUGCCCUAGAUAGACUUCGUUUUCAGAGGAGAAUUGAGGAGGCUGAUAAAAUUUUAACUCCUGUUUUGCUGGCCAAGAUUGAGGAGGUUAACCUUAGUAUUAAUUAGAUCAUAUUGUAUUCAUAUUUGUGAUUUCAGACAUUUAAAAUGCAAAAGAAAGCUGCUCUGAAAGUCUGAUGACUCUAACAAAGAGUGGUUUAGGUGAUUGACAAAACAGUGAUGUAGGAAUGCCUGGAAUAUUCCUUGGUAUAAGGAUCUAUGGUGAAGAUUAAUCUGCUAUAAUGUUCAGAAAUUUAUAUUGAGUAAUGCUACCACAAGAAAUGCUCUAGGGACUUUCUUCUUUCUGAGAUUGUAAAACAUAAUGACAAAUAUGGUGACCUGUUUACUUUUACAUUAUGUUUAAUUUCAACAUCACUAUUCUAUUUUUAUAAGAAAUCAUCUAUAUUCUCAAGAAAAUGUUUAACAGGUAACUGGUACAUGUUCUUAUUUUAACGUUAUUGGGAAACACUAAAAGGGGAUUGUUUUAGAGACUUCGCCACUGAAAUUGUCGCAGUCCUUUGUAAUAGUCAUGGAAACAUUUCUGAAACCAAAAAAUGUAGUAAGGCCACACUGCAUAAAAAUCACCGUGAUAUUUAACAAUACAAAAGAUUCCUCCUUUAGCAAAUCUCCUAGUGUUUAGAGGACUUGACUGUUAAAUAUUUCAGGCUGUAGAGCAUUGGGCCAAUAAACAUCCUAAUACAGUAAUAGGAAUUGUUUUAAUAAUAAAUAUUUCAAUUGUUUUAAAUUAAUGCAAGAUCUUUGCUAGAAGUUAAGCAUUGAACAUGAAACUCAGGGAUGUAGCUAAGAGGUUUCCAGUUAUUGCAAGGAAUUAAGAAAUAUUGAAGUCUUGAGCUUUUUCCUGCUUAAUCUCAAAAUGAAGAGAAGCUCGUUGAGUGAACCAGCCUAUCAGAAUGCUGAAAAGUGAGUGACCUUGAAGACAAUAAAUAUUAUUGCUUCUUGCAAUCCCUUUUUCACCGAACCAACAUGAA